ACCCGACCUAGCGACGAGGGAACAGUGGUGAUGAGUUUCCGACAGUCCAUACGGUACAGUAGCUGCUCCUUGGUUCGUCUCUUCGACCGCCUCCCUCAUCUCCCUCUCUCUCUUUUUUUCUCUUUUUCUACUCUCCUUUGUCUCUUUCGGUUCCGCAGCCCGGCUGGCCGUCUUUGCAACCGUAGCAAUUGCUGUCGAAUCAUCAAAUAGUGAACUCUGCAAGAUUCUGGCUAGUCUUUUCUACGCUCUUGCCCUAGUGGCACCUUCCUUCUCUUACAGCAAGUAAACGGCUGUUCUGUCUUGACCGAUUCCCUUGUUAUGCAUUUCAAUAAUGUUUUGGCUUAUGUUCCUGCUAAAUUGAGGCUUUUCGCGAUAUUGUUCCAGCCGCAGUGAGACUAGGAGCUCGCUGUGUCCGCUUGAGCCAUGUGGGACCAUGGGACUAUAUGAAGUAUACUGCGAGUCUCAAUAAAAGUUCUAAUGUCAUUACAGUGGGAUCGGGUCACCUCCUCAAGGAUCACUGUCAUCUAUUUCAUCUUUUCAGUGCUCCACUGCAUCAUCCAGGUCAUUUUUCAGAUUCAGGCUUACACCAUCAAUGACAGUGCAGUCAACUUUUUGAGCGGAAUUAUCGCUCAGGGAAAUGCAUCGCAACCUGGGUUUGCCGUUCUCGGGCCAGACUUGCGGUGGUGCUCCACUGUUCCCAACACGGUUGACGCUAGCUCUUGUCCGAUCGUAUGGCAAGGCAUCAACAAUGUUGCCGGUGGAGCGCAGAAUGUCGCUUCGGCGUUGAAGACCAAUUCGUCUUCAGCUGAGAGCGAUACAGUUCCUGGUACAUCUUCUGGUUCCGUUAGUUCCUCGAGCCUGCCUUCUGCUACAUCGUCCGUUGCAUCCUCACCGUCUGAGCUUCAGGUGUCCAGCUCGGCGUCUUCACUUGCUUCGUCCUCUGUUUCAUCUAAUGUCGCACCCCCGUCGUCAUCAAGUCUGUCUCUCGACAUACCCUCGGUUGGUGCAUCGUCCACGGCACCAUCAGAUACUGCCCCGUUGUCCUCGGCUUCGUCGUCUUUUGCUGCAUCCUCCAGUUCAUUGUCAUUGUCAUCAUCCUUUUCUUCGUCCGCAUCCUCUACUGCUUCUUUGACGCCUGUAUUGAAUGCAGCCUCUCCCUCGAGCACCAGCACUUUGACAGUCACUGUCCAAAAGUCUUCCAGCAGUGCGGCAUCGCAGUCAUCUUCCACCAGCAGUGUAGCGCAGUCGUCUUCCACCGACAGUGUCUCGCAGUCUUCUACCGAAGAACAAUCAUCUGCUCCUACACCCGCGACGCAGACUCUGACUGUUGUUCUGAAACCCACCUCUGGCACAGUAAGUGUCCUCAAUGGUGACCAUGCAGAGACAAUUUCUAAGCGAGUGGAUGCACCCCGCGUGUUUGCCGCGAUAUCCACAGAUGGGCAGAAACAGGUUAGAAUCGAUGGGCUCAAUGGCACGACCAGUGAGGUCACGCUGGACCAGAAGUGCUUGCUCGCUCUAAACUGGCCUGUGUCAGUUGUCGAGAACACCAAGCGCGAGGACAUUGUCUUCAUCUGCUUCCAAUUCUGGGUCCUCGGAAUGUCUCUGGUCGCAAUUCUGAAUGAGUCCAUCCCCCACAUUUUUGCUUCACUCUUUACCCACAUAUUGGCUACCGCCUGGGGAGGCUUCCAGAUCUUCCAUACCGCUAGAUUCCGUGCAAAUUUCGUGCGACUGACUGUAAAUGGAGCAUGCGGGAUCAACUUGUUGCCGACGUACUGGAAAGGUCGCGCGAACGCCGAGAUCCCCAGUUUGGUGUUGAAUGCAGCCGCACUGCUUGUGUCAACGUUCUUGACAUGGAGACUCGUGAAGUUGUUCGGUUGGCAGACAUUCAAGCGUGUCGGCGCAUCCCUCAUCAUCCGUCGCAUCUAUAACGCUGUCCUCGUGUUGUCUAUUAUCAUUCAGCUAUCCGCAUUCUUCAUUGUGGUGUCUGGCGGGCUUUGGUUGGAUCAAGUCAUUAAUGGAAAUAUUGCCAAGUUGACAACCAACGCUGCGGGGUUCAAGGCAGUUGUCAUUAUUGUCAUUCUCCUCUUGUUUCCGUGGCUUGCCUUGGGCUGGAUCUCCGUUCGUCGCGAGUAUAAGCUUACGAUGCUCCUCUUUCUCGUCCUCUCCUUCUUGUACCUCGUCGGCUGGUCUUCCAUGUUCGCUUCAGCGACUUUCCGCUGGACAUUCUCGCAAUGGACGUUCUUCAGCUUGAUGGCGGCUGCGUCCGUGAUCCUUGCUGGGACUACAUUUGUUCUCGGCCUUUACUGCCGAGUGAACUUUGGAAAGGGUCUGACCAGAUAUCUGAAUUCGGAGCAUAUGUUGGAAGACGAAUUUACGCCUGUCAAUGGCCCUAGCUUUUUCAGCGAAAAAGGAGACAUGGAGAAAGUCGACUUCCCGUCAAACCUUACCCCCAUCCCAACGUUUUCAGCCACAUUAGGACCCGGAGCCCCUCCUCCCGCUCAUAUGGGCUAUGCCCCUCGCAUAAUGGGACCUCGGUUCUUCGCCAACUCACCCUCAUCGUACGAGUCCUCAACCACUCUUUCAGGUGGAGCUUUGUCACCAACCGGGUACGGCGGAGCGAACCACCAAAGAUCAAUGACGAUGUCUUCUGGUCAUUCUUCCAUCUCGAAUGUCGGACCUCCAGAAGGUUUGAACCGGCACGGAAGUGGAUCAAGCCAACAUAGUCAUUUGAGUACAUCUUCGGGUGAUACUCAGAGAUCGAAGACGAAACAACGAUGGAUUAUUGAGUAGAUGACUUAGUUCCUCUCCCCUUUUUUUUUUUGAAUGACGCUCUUGGGACGUAUGAACUGGUCUUCUUUUUCUACUUUGCAGCCACAGGAUGGUCUUUUAGGGUCCAUUGAUUGCCCGAUACUAGUUGUAUUAUAGCUAGCCUGUUAUGUUUCGCUAUUGAUUCCUACGUCAAAUCCUACAUGCUGCCUUCCCGGGCUGAAUCUUACACCUGCCAUGAUAAAUAUAUAUACUGUUCAUAGUGAGGUAAGUAAGCUCUCCCAAGACUGAAUGCUUGGAUUAAUAUUGCUACCAUGGACCGUGAACCCAAACUACGCUAUAGUUCAUACACAUACGUAUCAAUUUACCUGGGUAUACAGCUAGGAAAACACAUUACAUCCCGGAAGGAUUAGUUUUAUUCAAUUAUACCCUUCAUCUCUAGCCACACCAUCUUUAUUCACCAGCACUUUCAACCCAUCGUAAGCGGGUC